AUCAUCACCAUCGAGCUCCAAGAAAAGAAGUGGAAGCCAUGGCCUCGCCAGGCGGUUCUCCGGAUGGUAACAUCAGCCCGUCGAAUAAGAUCACCUCGCCGAAGGCCCCGCACUCGUCGCACAAAAGUGGCGGCUCUACAAAGCCUAGUGGUCACGCUAAGCCGUCCGGGGGAUCGCCGAAACGUGCAGUGGACCAAGGGGUUAAAGCCAAGCCAGAUGGAAGCACCUCGCCCCAGAAGGGAGGACCGCCCAAACGCCAGUCAGCGGGGCCGGCGAAAGGGGCGGCGGCCGACCACGCGUCGAAGCCCACAGAAAGGGGAUCCCGUAAGCACGCCGGUGGAGGACCGCCCAAACACAAAGACGCCGCCAAAAAACCAGCGGCGACAGAAUCAGCGAAGCAGGAGGGAUCGCCAGGGAAGGACGUCGCGUCCAAGCCCAAGGCAGCACGGGAGUCCCCAGAGCGUGGCAACCCUUCCAAGGCAGCUGGCGCGGCCAAGUCCACUGCGGGCGCCGUAGUGCCGACUACAUCCACGCACAUGCCGUUCUGGAUGCAGCCUGACGCCGCCGCCAACCUGUUGCCGAAGACCGCGGCCAGCACUGAAGGGCCUCCGGGAUCGCCGCCCUCCGGCCGCGGGGCCACGGUAUCCCACGGAGUGAGGAAUAUCACCUCAAAGCUGCUGAGCAUGGUCGGCUCUCACAGCCCUUCCAAUGCGAACGUGCAACCGGCUCCAUCGGCAACCAUGUUGUCCGGCCUCGCUAGUCCCGAGGCGAGGCCCAGGCUAUCGCAGCUCUCCAAGCGAAAGCUGAUGUCGAGCUCGACCGGAGGGGGCAAAUCUAAAAGUGGCUUGCGGCGAUGGCUCAAGGACCGCGUCCGACGGGUCCACAGCGUCGGGGGAGUGACAAACGAGCAGGAGCCCAUGAGCGAAGUCAACUCGGUGGGUCGCACUGUGCUGAAGGUCGUGGUCAUAACGGCGGUCACCGUCCUGGUCUGCAUCGCCGUGCUGGCCAUCACCUGGCGCGUUGUCACCGGUUCCUGGAGCAUCCGAGGCCGAGAGCACGGCCUCUCCGCCGGCCACGACAAGAACGGCAGCAGCAAGGCGCGCCGUGGCAGCGGCAGAUCCUGUGUCGCGGACGCUUCCGGAAGCCCUUGCCUCGACCGUUACGAAGCGCUGUUGCGGAGCUCCGUCGACACGUCCGCCAGUCCGUGUGGCAACUUCUACCAGUACGCCUGCGGAACCUGGAAGCGGAACCACGCCUCGUCGGCGGCCAUGGUCGCGUGGAAGGCGUUCACAAGCAAUGUCAUCCAACGUGUCCGCAAAGAGAAGGUCUCGGCGCUCAGAAGGCACGACGAGCCGGUGGGACAGGCGGCGAGGUUCCUGGAAGCCUGCCUCGACGUUGGCCGUGGACGUGGGUUCUCGGAGGGCGUUGGCGCCGAAAACGACGUGAAGGCGGUCUUGUCUGAGGGUGGUAUGACGUGGCCGAACAGCAACGAACGCGCGGACUUCGUGUCUUCGCUCUUCUUCAUGGCGAGGCACGUCGCCCUGCCGGUGUUCUUCGGCAUCGAAGUCGGUUACACCAAAGACGGACUGCGCGCCCUUUUGUUCCCCUUGGACUCGCAAUUCCAGAAGACACUCCGCCGCUUCCGGGAGCACAUGAAGACGGACCGCGCAAUACAAGACGUCCGCGCCGCCUACAAGAGCUUCACGGAGGGCGCCUUCGACGGAGCGCGGUACGCCGAAGUCGUCAGCGCCCUGUCCGCGAUGACCAAGGUCUUCGACAUCUACAUCGACGCAGCGGACAAGGAGGAGCAGGAACACGUGUCGUCCCUGAGCCAGUACGCACCGUCCGUGCCCGAGGAGAAGUGGAGGUCCCUGCUGCGACGCUACCUGAGGUAUAACUUCUCCGACCUCGAAGCCGUCGUCGUGUACAACACCCGUUCCUUCGCCGCCAUAUUCGAGGCUCUCCGCGACAGAGGGGAGGCCGUGAUGAGCGACGUGCUCGGCUUCCUGGGCAUCCAGGCGGCCAUCUACUACACCAGCACCACGCUCAGGGACGUGUUCUUCGAUUCCCCGGGCGAAGCGGCCAGCCAGCAGGAACAGUACUGCUUCACUCGAACCUACAGGUUCUACGAGCACGCGCUGAACCAUUUCCUCCUCGAGGGCAACGCUGGAGCCGCCGCAUCGCUGGCAGAGUUCCGCAACCUGGCCGAGAGGAUCCGCUCGCGGUUUCCUCGGCUCCUGGAACUCAACGACACGCUGCGGGGCGACAUUUCGUCCCGGCCCGCGGAGUACAACGUGCGCGGACUUUUCGACGUCGUGGAGAAGUCGCGACCCGAGUUCUUCGGGCCGCACUACGCCAGCUACCCGAACGUCACGAACAGCGCGCUGCGCAACUGGAUCGCGCUCUCGGCGCACAUCAGGAAAGCCGGCGCCUCCUCGGCCGAAUACGUCGAGAGCGGCGGCGCUGCCGGCGGCCAGCAGGUCGACUGCGCGGGCCAGUGCGGCACGCUUUUCUUCAGGUGGCGCCUCACGCCCUACCACCUGGGCUUCCCGUGGUACCUUCCCAACGUCCACCGCGGCGUCCUGCUCGCUGGACUCGGGGCGCGGGUGGCGGCCGCGCUCUUUCUCGACUACGUCGACAGAAACGCCACCUCCCGAGAGGAGGUGUACACGAGAAACCACGCCUGCCUCCGCGCCUGGACUCCCAACCUGGGCACUUCGCCGGACCUGGAACUACAGGCCGGAGUGUCGGCGGUUGGGACGGCGUUUAGAAUCUACGAGGACGAGGCGAACAGGUGCGCCAAUAAGUCCUCUCUCUUCGCCGACGUGGGCACCGUGAAGGCGCCGCAGGUGUUCUUCGUCUUCGGCUGCCACCUGUUCUGCGGCGACGACGCAAGCGGCGAGCGCUUGUGCAACGUGCCGCUUCGGCAGAGCCCCGACUUUGCGCGCGUGUUCAACUGCGAUCGGAGUUCAGCGAUGAACCCCGAGAAGAAGUGCGUGAUGCACAUUUAGAAUCGGCGGUCACCCGUGCUUGUUGACAGUUUAAUGUCAAGUUUACCAUUUACACGCGUCUCACAAAUGCAGUAAAACGUUAAAACAGCGUU